AUGCCGGCGGCCGAGAUGUCAGGACUUUCACUCGCCCAAGUGACAGAAUCCAGACAUCCCCUCCGCCCCCCCAUCGUACCACCGCUUCACCACGUCCGGCGACUUGUACGACUGCGCCCGGACGUCGCCGUCCGCACAGCGCAUCUCCAUCAUGGCGGAGACGCUCAGCCCGAGUUUCUAGGGGUUCGGCUCGGUCAACGACUUGGGAAAUCCGAGUCUAGCCAUCUGUCCCCGCCAAUGGAGAGCAUCUGGCGACCGCCGCCGGCCUUGAAGAAGACGAACCUGAGCAAGCUGAGGACGCAGACCUCGUCGGAGGAGCUGCUUGUUUGGAUGCUGAGGCCGCGGUAA